AUGUCUAUAGACUCCAAGGAAGAGGUAUCUUCACUUCUCAAUUCUCUAGAAGAAUAUAUCAAUACCAGGAAAAAGGGUAGAAAUAAGAAAGUAAAUUUCACUCUACCAUCUGGCGAAGAAAUUACAUCAUGGAGAUUUAGUGAUUGGGAUUAUUAUUCACCUACUUCAUCCUUACCUACCAAGGCUAGAGGGAUAUUCACCACAGACAAUAACAAGAUUGUGGUCAGAGGGUACAACAAGUUUUUCAAUGUAGAUGAAACCGACAUGACCCUGAGAAAACGUCUUCAAGAAGUCACACAAGGUCCAUAUACCUUGACAUCAAAGGAGAAUGGAUGUAUUAUUUUCAUUUCUGGGCUUGCCAAUGGUGAACUUAUAGUCACUUCGAAACAUCUGGUGGCUCUCCCACUUCCAGAAGAUGCCAAAUUUGUGAAUCAUGCCGUUCAAGGUCAACGCGAAUUGCAAAAGCAAUUUGAAACAAAUCUGAAACAUCAAUUAUCAGAUUUGGCAAAAUAUCUUUACCAAGAAAACUUGACUGCUGUGUGUGAAUUAUGUGAUGAUGAGUUUGAGGAACAUGUCCUUGCAUACACAAAGGAAGAGGCCGGUUUAUAUCUUCAUGGCUUGAAUCGUAAUACCAUGGAAUUUCAAACUUUGGAGAUGGACAAAGUGCUUGAGUUUGCCACCACUUGGGGGUUCCAUCCAGUGGAUUCAUUCCAAGUCGAGACAUUUGACGAGAUGAUGGCCUUCUUGGACAAGCAAGCAGAGACUGGUGAGUACAAGGGUAAGGAAAUUGAAGGGUUUGUCAUUAGAUGUAAGGAAAAAGUUGCCAAUGAUGAAUUGGUUGAUUUUUUCUUUAAAUUUAAAUUUGAACAACCAUAUAGAUUUUAUCGAGAACUUCGUGAAGUUACGAAAAAAUAUAUUAUGGGUGAUGAAAUUCCAGAAAUUAUGAUGGAUAGAAAGGAUUUUAUCCAAAGUAUCUACAAGUACUUGAAAUUUGUUGCAGAACUUUUCGAACGUCAACCCGAAUUGAAGGAGCCUUACUUGCAGGAACACGGGAUCAUCAAGGUUAGAAAUAUGUUUUUAGAACACAUGAACUUGAAGGGUAUUGAGUUGUUGCAAAAUGUUCAACAGAAUGGCGGUGAUGAAGAAGAAUUACUGAAUCAAAUGGAAAACUUACAAAUCCAUGAUUUGAAGUAUGUAUUGAUCCCUGUAGCUACACAAGGGUGUGGGAAGACCACUGUUUUCAAAACCAUUCAAGGAGUUUUCCCCGAAUGGGGUCACAUCCAGAAUGAUGAUUUGAGAUACACCGGUGAAAGAAUAGUUGAUGUUGUUUUGAAGGAUCUUGCAAGAAGUACAGAUUUGAUGAUGUGCGACAAGAUGUUCCACUCUAGAUCGGAAAGAAAGACUUUCUUCACAAAUUUCAAAAAGCUUCGAAAGACAAAAUUAGACUCACAUACUGCCGUCAAGUACAUUUGUCUUAAUUUCAAUGUUAAAGACCAUGAUCUGGAGAAAUUAGCAGAGAUCACCAUUUCGAGAGUCGUUGCUCGUGGUGAUAAUCAUCAAAGCAUUAAAAUGGCCAGUAACCCCAAAAAAUAUAACGAUGUAGUUCGUGGGAGGGUCAAGAAUCUUCAACCGGUUGCCCUUGAGUAUGAACCAGAUGAUCAGUUUCAUUUAGUGAUUGAUUUGGAGGUUACUGAAGAUGAAGACUCAUCAUUAACUAAUGCUAAAAAGGUUAUAGAGGAAUUACAUAAGAAAUAUCCUGAACUAGUGAAAUCAAUUCCAACUGAUGAACAAUUUGCAGAAAGUUAUGAAAAGGCUAGGAACUAUAUACCAGAAUUGAAACCAAUGGCAAAGGAAAAGUUAAGUAAGAGGGAAAAAAGAAUGGCAAAAGAAGCAGCAGCAGCAGCUGCAGCCGCUGCUAACGGAGAUGUUCCACCUCCCCCCAAGGAACAAAAAAAGAAAGACCCCUUGAAAGUGUAUCAAUACCUCGGAGCAAACAUUGUGGAUAUCCCAACUUUGGUUAGUAAAAUUGACGAAUUGGCUGGAGAAGACCCAACCUGGAAUGAAAUAAAAUCCAGUGAUCGCGUUCAAAAGGAGCUUCAUGUCACACUCAGUCACAUAGCGGACUACAAGUCCCCCAAUGAGCCAAGAAAGAAAGAAAUUUGGAAGAAUCUCAUUGAAUUAUUUGAGCCCAAUGGGAACAUUGUCACUCCAAAGCAAAGAACGAAUUUCGAUUUCUAUUGUGAUAUUCGUGUUGAUAAGGUAGUUAUCGGUGUUGAGCGACUUGUUUGCUUAUCUGUGACCUUGUUGAAGGGGUAUGAUUGUGACUUUAACGAGCUCCCCACUUUGGAAAGUUCCAUCGAUCAUACUCACAUCACCAUCGGGACAUUUUCACCAAGUGUCAAGCCUUUCGAGUCGAAUCUUGUCUUGAAUGGGUUAGAAACCGCUGAGGGUGAACAUGGGGUAUAUAAGAUAGAGGAUGGAACCGAGGUACGUGUUAUAGAGUUGAAAGAGCCUCUCAUUUUGGAGAAGCAAAGGUGUUUUGGUAAUAGAUAG